AUGGAGCCGUUGGAAGUGGCGCCGGAGGAAGUGGGUUCCCCCGGCCAUUGCAGGCUCCAGGAUCUUCCGUACGACGUGCUUAUGCUGUGUGCAGAAUACACACCGGUGCGCGAGGUGCUGUUGCUUGGUACACUCAACUCCUUCUUUUAUGAAUUCACACAGCCCGACAACGUGGCGCUCUGGGCCCACUUUACAGAAAGGGUCUACCUGCUACACCCACCUGGCCUGAGGAGCAUGCUCUUCGACGAAUCCCUGCUUAAAAUGUACCUGGCUGUUCACCGUAUCUCCCGUUCUAACUUCGAACCGUGGGGAGGAUUGAGUCUCAACGACGCCGGCGAUGAAAAUGAAAAUGGCAUUAACGAAAGGGAGGGCAGUCAGGAGCUUGGGAUUGAUCGCCAUCAGCGCCCGCCACUUCCACCUCAGCAAGCUAGGGUAAACAUUUCUCACUCGGAGCUUAUUCAAUGGGUAAUGGACCACUCCGAGGAAGAUAUUUUAGAUCUUCGGAUGUUUUGUGACAUUAUCAAAGGCCGGCAGCCACGAUUUGCCCUCAGCGGUCUUCUGCUGGCCCUGCAGUUAGUGAAACGGCGCAUGUGGUGCACUGAGGUUACCGAUCUCGAAAGUGUCCGGGAUCUUCUGCGCUCGACGAUUGUAGAGGAGGAGCACGAUUCAGGUUGGUCCGUCCUUCGCACCAUUGUUGGGCGCGGUCGAACGAUGCCAAAGCGGUUUCACAUGCCGGUUUCGGUCUGCAUGCAUUCCGACGACCUUGCGGAAAUGAGUGCAAGGCGCCAGGUAGCCAAAAGGAGGUGGAAGCGGUGUGCCGCCGUGGCCCGUGAGUACCUAAAACUGCGAGAAGUCCUUCGUGUUGUGCUGGCCGUUUCGGAGGUGUCGGACCACCCCAAUGCCCAACAAAGGUACGACAGUGUGUGGUCGGCCCUUCGCGGCACCACCGCCAUGCUGAAGGCGGAGAAGGAACCACAGCAAAGUCAGUCAGCCGAUUUGGAUGAGGUGGGAGCAGCGAUCCCCAUGAGCGUCUCCGGCGAUGAUCUGCUGCACCAAAUCCGUGAUUUGAGUAAAGUGACUGUGGGAGGUAUUGUAAGCUACUUUUUCGGGUACGUUGUCGGGAAGGCACAGCGGAGGACUUUUCUUUCGGCGUUGUUUAGCAUGCAACACCUAGCGGGCGCUGAAGGGUACGAGAGUGUCCCGUUUUGGUGA